CUUCUUCUUACUAUUUAUUCAUCAUGGCCAAACAGUGGUUAGCAGCUCUUCUCACAGUUCUGUGUUUGACUAAAUCAGGUCUCUGUGGGAACAAUGGUGAGAACCAGCCAGGAUCCUGCAGGAUUGUGUGUGACCCUUCAGCGAAUCGUUCAAAUGACCGAAGCAGUGGGUUGGUGAUUCCUCUUGCCUCUGCAGGAGCAGGUCCUCCUGGCCCAGCUGGACCUCCAGGUAAAGCCGGACCCCCUGGCUUACCUGGAGCUGUGGGGAAAAGUGCCAUAACAAAUGGAGGUGUAGCUUUCUAUGCUUCACUAAAGGAUGAGUUCAGCAAGAAUGAAGUGCUGAAAUUUAAUAAUGUGAUUACUAAUCUGGGUGGUGGUUAUGACUCCUCGACCGGGACGUUCACAUGUAAAACACCAGGCGCUUAUCACUUCAGCUAUCACAUUGUGAAGUCUGGACAGAGCCUGCGAGUGGACUUGAUUCUUAAUGACCAAACGGUUGUGGCCAGCGCAUUAGCUGUGGACGCCCUGCACACUGACACCGCAAGCAACAGUGCAGUUCUGCAGUUGAAGACUGGAGACCGGGUCUUUGUUCGUCUGAACAACGGCGAACUGGUCAAGAGAGAAGCAGAAAACCGCUUCAGUACCUUCUCUGGUUUCCUGUUGUACGAAAUCUGAGACGAUAGAUUAUUACUUUCUCUUUUAAAUUCUUUCAAUUUCAAUGAGACUUCUUUACAUUCAGAUUGUGAGUCUGUUUUUGAAUAAAGGAAUGCAUUUUUGGCA